AUGGUACUGCAACUCACGGUGCCAGAAGUGCAGAGAACUAGACGUAUACUGUGUACGAAGAAAACAACGAAACUCUUGGAGCCCUAUAUCUCGGAAUGUCAUACUACUGUACAAUAUCCAAAUGACAAACUAUCAAAAGUUAGACCUUUACUCGAACACCUGAGAUCCAAAUUCAAAGAAAUCCCCAUGACUGAAUAUCUAUGUGUAGAUGAGCAGAUGGUACCUUUCAAGGGGAAUUCAUCUAUGAAACAAUAUAUUCCUAAGAAACCACAUAAACGUGGAUACAAGAUAUUUGUUUUGGCAGAUGAUAUGGGAAUGGUGUAUGAUUUCAUGCCAUAUGUUGGUAAAAUAGAGCCUGUAAAUAAUCCAAUUGUUCCAGAUCUGAAACCAAGUGCUAACUCGGUGCUCCAUCUUGCUGAGUCCAUACCCCCCUUCAAGAAUCACAAAUUAUAUUUUGAUAAUUGGUUUACCUCCCUCCCUCUCAUAGAUCACUUAGCUUCACGGGGUAUAUGGUGUAGUGGGACUCUUCAACAAAACAGAUUACAAAGCCUGACGUUCAAAUCAGAUAAGCAACUUCAAGCUUAUGGGCGUGGGUCUCAUGAUGAAUGGGAAACAGUGUAUGAGGAUGGUAACAAAAUAACAGCUCUGAAAUGGUUUGACAACAAAGCAGUGCAUCUUGUAUCUACAUUUGCCACUUCAUUCCCAUUCGACAAGUGCACAAGAUUUGACAGAAAAAUAAAAGAAAGAGUAGAAGUUGCUAGACCAUUCAUUGUCAAGGACUACAAUACACAUAUGGGUGGGGUAGAUUUACAUGAUCAGCUGAUGGCUUAUUAUAGGAUGGCAUUCAGAUCAAGAAAAUAUUACCAAAGGCUAAUUUUUCAUAUGAUAGACAUGACAGUGGUAAACUCUUGGUUACUUUAUAGAAGAGAGGCAAACCACUUGGAGGUACCUAAGAGGAAGCAAAUGUCCCUGUGUGAAUUCAAGCUCAAACUUGCAGAUUCUCUUUUGCUAAGUGGAAAAAGUAGAGGUAAAAAGAGACCGUCGAGUAAUGUAACAAAUGCUGCAUACAUUACCAAGAAAAAAAACUGGGAGAGCAACUAA